AUGCAACAGCUGGACGAAAGAUUGAUCCGGGCAGAGGCAGGGACCCCAGCGCCAAUCCAAAACCCACUCUUCGCUUCAAGGCUAGGACCGUUUACCGCUAGGAUCUUACAAACCGUCAGGCCAGCAUAUGCAAAAAGGCCAAAAAUUGCUGAGUAUAGCGGCCUCACUGAUCCUUUUGUCCACAUGGACACCUUCAAGAAGGUAACUAACAAUAAGGGAUUCGACGAUGCCACCUUGUACCACCUAUUCAGCGAGACGCUAGACAGUGAGGCAAUGAGUUGGUUCUUCGAGUGCCCACCUGGAUCCAUCAACUCCUUUGCAGCAUUAUCAAACGCCUUCUUGUCACGAUUCAUCCUCCUAGCCACAGGAUAUCACAACACAAGCCAGCUGUUCAGCGUCAAACAAGCCACAGAAGAGACACUACAAGUGUUCGUCAAAAGAUGGAGAGCUACAGCAUCUCGAUGCCCCGACCUUGACAAAAUGAUGGCACUAGCAGUCUUCAAGCAAGGGCUCUUAAAGGGACCAUUCUUGUAUCACACUGCAGAAUACAUCACAUAUGGAAAAUCACUACCACCCCCGCAAACUCUCGCCAAGACAAUUCAGCCUUCCUCCUCCCAGCAGGAAACCGCUAACAAAUCCUUCGCCACACCCUCAAAUGAUAAAAAGAGAGAAUGGCAGCAGGGAAAUUACCAGGACAAGCCGCACAAGGAUCAACAAUACCACAACAAGGGUAAUCGUUCCUUCCAAGGUGACAACCACAAUAAGCAGGCAACAUCCUCCCAGCGAUACGCAAUGUUAACAGUUCUUAUAGUCUCGUAUGUGGAGAUAUGUGAUCAAUGCAAGGAUCAAAUCCCACCGCCACCCUCAAGAAAAUACCCGAGAGUGGGAAAACGAAAUAACACAGGCAAAUGGUGCAAAUAUCACGAGGACAGUGGUCACAACACCAAUAGUUGCAAUGCGCUCAAAACAACAAUUGAGACCCUUUAUCAGGAUGGAAAGAUGGAACAGUUCAAGGUAUGCCAGCCAGCGCCAGUGGCCGCUAACAUUGAGCCAAUGCAUCUCAUCAACACCAUCGACGGUGGCGCUCCCAUCACCAAUAUGUCCCACCGGGCAAGAAAGUGCUAUGCACGCUCCAAUGACCGUAAGGAAGUCUGUAACAUCCGCUACGAGAGAUCCGUUAAACUACCAAAAUCUGGUUGGGUGCCCAUAACUUUCUCCGAGGAGGACGAGCGCGGCGUGCACCUCCCCCACUAUGACCCAUUCUUGAUCGACGCAAUACUCGAUAAAUGA